AUGAAUCAGUUGAAAUUUGUUAGAUCAAAGAGUACAACAAGAUCAAGUCCUUUAAAAAGGAUUCAUUCAAAAUUAAGAUAAGUUUAAAAACCUGGAAAACUGAAUGUAAGUGUUGGUAAGAGUAGAUAAUCUUCUGAAAAUAAAGAAGUAAUACAUAUAUCAACUCCAAAGGAAAAAGUCUAAAAAUUACUUUAAUAAUUCUCAAUUUAUUAAAGAAAUUCUAAAAAGUCAUACUAAGAAACUCCUGAAAGAACUUAAUCAUUUAUUCCUUUAUCACAUGAAAGAAAUUUAUUCAACGAAUCUAUUAAACUUUAAGAUUCCAAUUAUAGAAGCUAUAAAAACAACAUAUAUCAAAAAAAUAAAUAAAAUGAUUAAGUCAUUAAUUUAUAACCAAAAAUGGAAGAAAAUACAAUAACAGAAAAAUUAGAUGCUUUUUAAUUGAAAUAAUAUAAAUGGAAUUCUUCUGAUCAAACUACUUAAGAUUAAUAAUCUCCAUCAAAUACUAUUUAUGCAAAUGCAACUAUUUCAUAAUUUUACUAUAAUAAAGAAAUAUUAAAAUAAAGUUAUUCAAUCAAUUAAUUACAAAGUGCAGAUAAAAAAUAAUUAUAUUAAUAAAAACAUCAAUAAAUUAUAUAAAAGAAUACUACAUAAAGUCAAUCUCAUUCUCGAAAUAAUUCUAUUAAAAAUUAAUCAAAAGAGAAUAUAAUUUCUUAAGAGUAAAUAAUCAAAAAGAAAAAUAAUUCUAAAAAUGAUUAUGAUGAAAUUAUUUUAGAAAUCUAUCCAUAAUUUUUGAAAUAAUGUUAAUAAAAUGCAAUUACAAAAAAAACUAUUGUAGAAUAAACUGAAGAGGAAGAGCAUUUUCCAACCAAAUUAAGUACUAAAUCUCCAUAAUAAGUUUAACUCUAUAGUGAAUUAUAAACUGAUAAAUCUUUAGUUUUAAUUUCACCUAAAGUAGUCAAAGAUAUGGAAAUGUAAACUAGUUUUACUUAACCUAUCAAAAUAUCUCAGGAUUCUAUUGAUAAACCAAUCAUAUCUACUUAAUUUGAUACUGUUAAUGCAUCUGUUUAAACUAAAUAAAAAAAAAAGAAUCUUGGAUUAUUCCAAUAUUAAUUUUCAUAUAUGUCACCUUAAAAUAAUAACAAUCAUUAAGAUAUUGAUUUAUUAUCUUUAGGAGAUUUCUAAUCAGAAAUCUUACAUAGGACAUAAAGUGAAUUUGAGAGAGAUUAUAAUAUUCAAAGUAAACAAAAGUAGAAAUAAGAAAUGUAAAAGAUUUAAGAUUUUUAUGUUAAUCCAAAAAUAAUAUAAACUAAACAAUAAACUAAUUAAUAAAAUGAUAGUAGGUAAAUAUUUAUAAUUACUAAUCAGAUCAUUUUUGUUGAGUUAAAAAAGCAAUUUAUUUUUUUCAAAAGAAUAAUUGUUAGAUCCAUAAGAUGAUAAUCAUCCUUAUUAUUUGUAAGCUGAACCAAAAGAAAUAAAUUCAAAUUUCUAUUUAAAAUAAGUCAAUUAAGACAAUUUAUCUUAAGAUCAUUCAAAAUAAAAAAGAACUAAUAUAUCAAACUAUAAAUUGGAAAAGGGAUCAUCAUUUUCCAGUACUUAAUGCUAUAAAGAUCAUUUAAAUAUAUUGUUAAGUCAAUCAUAAUAGGCUAAUACAAAAGAAACGUAACAUUAACCUUAUUUAAAUUAAACAAAUUCAAUUAAAAAGAAAUAAAAUUACUCUUUAAGAACUACUUCAUUUAGCAAUUAAAAAACAAAAAAAAAAUAGAGUACCUAAAAAAAUAGAAAAUGA